AUGGCUCAAGCAACUAUUCCAUUUAUUGUAAUUAUAAUUCCAAUUGGAACUAUUGUUUAUUUCUUUGUUCAUGUUGUCCCGAAUGCUCAAUAUAUAUCAAAUGCAAUGAUGGCCAUCUACUCAUUUCAUGCUUCUCUAUCAACUACUGUUAUGAUAAUUAGUACACCACAAUAUCGAAAAAUGAUAAGAAGAGGUUUCAGAUCUCCAACAGCAGCAAUAUCUCCUCAAAUGACAAGAGUUGUUCCAAAUUCUGCAAAUUCUGCAACAAUUCGAAUGAAAAAACUAUCGACUCCUGAUCUUUGA